AUGAAGAAUGAUGAAGGCAUUCAAGCUUCUGCAAACAAGGUUCAAAGGAUUGUUAAUCAGUUGAGAUUAUUGGGAGAAGAAGUGACUAAAAGAAAGGUUGGUAACAAGUUCGUGGCGCAACAGCAGAGGAAAGCCAUCAAGUGUGAAGACUUUGUAGAGAAUGCCUUAAUAGCCAAAACUAAGGUCUUGAAAGUCAAGGAUGAUGGUUCCAUGAAGCUCGAGGGAAAAGGAAACAAAAUUGGUGAUAAUAGUGGAUGCUUUAAUAAUCUUACUAGUAAUAAAGAUUUGUUCAACGACCUUGAUAGGAGCUUCAACGCUAGAGUGAAAAUUGGGAAUGGUGUAUACUUGAAGAUAUUUGGCAUUGGUAUAAUGGUUGUAGAGACCUUUUCAGUUAACAAGUACAAAGCCAAGUACAAAGCCAAACCAGUGGCGAAAGGGUAUGCACAGGUAUAUGGCAUAGAUUACUUUAAGACCUUUGCACCAGUUCCUAGGCAUGAUACUAUUAGAAUGCUUGCUGCAUUGUCUGCAAGGGAAGGAUGA